AAAGCAUCCAAAAACAUUUAACAUCCUGUGGUCUAACACAAAGUUUUUUUGAAAACUAUCGAUAUCCUACGAUAACCACCACCAACAGACAUAGAAUCAACAAGUGCACAAGUUCUGACAUCAUUAAAAUUGCUAUGAAUAUUGACAAAAGCAUACAUGAAUAAAAUCAAAAUCAAAAUCUAAGACUUACUAAUAGAUAAUGCAGCCAAAUCAAAAUGACAGAGAACCUCUCAAAACCAACAACGACAGCACAACCCCCAGAAUCAUCAUCAGUAUCAGCCACUUCAACGAGUUCAAUACUGACCACAAAUACGGGUAUAGCCAAGCCCGUCGAUAAUGAAAAAUCCCAAAUUGAAGUUGAAAUUCACCGUCUCUCGAAUGGCUUACAUAACGGAAAUUCCAAAAGCCACAUCCACUCGGCGGAAACGGAAAUCAUUAAUACAAUACCAAAAAUUGUAGACUCUUCCUCUUCUUCUUACCAAAGCAAUAAUAGAGAUUUUAAGGAUGUCGGAACAGUUCAAGUUGAAGUUAACGAUGAAGCUGAAGAAGAUGAAGAUGACAAUGAUGAGUCAUCAUCAGUAACGUCCAAAAAACAUAAAAGAAUGAGUAGUGUUUCGGUGAGCUCCCCAACACGGGGUCAUUUAUCACCGAUUGCCAUAAACUUGUCUCCGCCAUCAGAGGACAUCAGCAAUGUGUCAGCAACAACAACUAACAGUAGACCAGCAGUUACGGCGCAGGAUGUCGAUGAGGUGGCCAAGUUGUUCGAAGAGAAACCGGAAGCCUUUGAGAAGUGGCUUACAGAGAGAGCUCCUGCUGAGGCUUUGAUAAGACUGCAACAAUUUAUUGAAAGCCGAAAACCGGUCAAACGGCCUUCGGUGACAUCGGAUCUCUUUCAACAGUGGAUGCAAACUCCACCAUCAAUUCAGAAAUGUCGGUCGUCCUCGUCGGUUGUAUCUACAAUCGAUAGCCGGCAGCAUCUAAUGGAUCUGGAUGAGGGUGAACUGUUCAUGGAAUUGAUUCGUGAUGUGGCCAAUGAAUUGGAUAUUGAUAUCCUUUGCCACAAGAUUCUGGUCAAUGUUGGCUUACUCACGCACGCCGAUAGGGGAUCACUGUUUUUGGCUAAAGGGACACCCAAUAAUCGAUAUUUGGUGGCGAAGCUUUUUGAUGUUACACAAACCACAGCCCUGCGGGAAGCUGUCACCAAGGCGAGAUCCGAGGAAAUCAUUAUCCCAUUUGGUGUGGGCAUUGCUGGUACAGUUGCCCAGACGAAGGAGAUGAUUAACAUCAAGGAAGCCUACAAGGAUUCACGUUUCAAUUGUGAAAUCGACUUAAAAACCGGCUACAAAACAAAUACGAUACUCUCGAUGCCAAUUUGCAACUACGAAGGCGACAUAAUUGGCGUGGCUCAAAUCAUCAAUAAGACAAAUGGUUCAUUGGAAUUCGAUGAGCACGAUAUUGAGAUAUUCCGACGGUAUUUGACAUUCUGUGGUAUUGGCAUUCAAAAUGCUCAGCUCUUCGAGAUGUCCGUCCAGGAAUAUCGACGAAAUCAAAUCCUUUUGAAUUUGGCCAGGAGUAUUUUCGAGGAGCAAAAUAAUUUGGAAUGUCUGGUGACGAAAAUUAUGACUGAAGCUAGAGAGCUGCUCAAGUGUGAAAGAUGUUCGGUAUUUUUGGUGGAUUUGGAUUGUUGUGAAGCGAGCCAUUUGGAAAAAAUUCUAGAAAAACCAAAUCAAUCAGUUUCAACUGCGAGAAGGUUAAGCAAUAAUGUUAACGUGGAAGAAAUUCUUAAAGAACAACAAAACUCAAGGACUCGUUUCACAGUGCUUUUUGAAUUGGGCGCCGAGAAUCAAUCAGCUAACAUAUCCCGACCGUCAGUAAAUGAUUUAAGCAAUUCAACUUUGGCCCAAAUAGCGCAAUAUGUGGCGACAAGUGGCCAAACUGUGAACAUAUCGGAUGUCCGGGAAUGGGUGCGGGACCACAAUAAAAUUCACAGUGAGGGUGAAAUCGAUUGUACUAAGGCUAUUUUAUGUAUGCCCAUUGUGAAUGCCCAGAAGAUUGUAAUCGGUGUAGCACAACUGAUAAACAAGGGAAACGGUCUGCCAUUCACUGACUCGGAUGUCUCAAUUUUCGAGGCGUUUGCUAUUUUCUGCGGACUUGGUAUCCAUAACACGCAAAUGUACGAGAACGCAUGCAAAUUAAUGGCCAAGCAGAAAGUCGCCCUCGAAUGUCUUUCGUAUCAUGCCACUGCUAGUCAGGAGCAAACAAACCAAUUGGUUCAGGACACUGUGGCCAGUGCUGAGGACUAUAGCUUGUACAGUUUUAAGUUUAUCGAUUUCGAUCUCAAGGACGACGACACGUGUAAGGCGGUACUGAGGAUGUUCUUGCAGUGUAAUUUGGUCCAACAGUUUCAGAUACCCUAUGAUGUCCUUUGUCGAUGGGUGCUAAGUGUUCGCAAGAAUUACCGUCCUGUUAAGUAUCACAAUUGGCGACACGCCUUGAAUGUGUCCCAAACCAUGUUUGCCAUGCUCAAGACUGGCAAAAUGGAACGCUUUAUGACUGAUUUAGAGAUAUUAGGUUUACUGGUGGCUUGUUUGUGCCACGACUUGGAUCAUCGUGGAACGAAUAAUGCGUUUCAGACGAAAACCGAGAGUCCUUUGGCGAUAUUGUACACGACCAGCACGAUGGAGCAUCAUCAUUUCGAUCAGUGUGUUAUGAUAUUAAAUUCCGAGGGGAAUAAUAUUUUUCAGGCGCUUUCUCCUGACGAUUAUCGAUCGGUUAUGAAAACAGUUGAAAAUGCCAUUCUUUCAACGGAUUUGGCAAUGUACUUUAAAAAACGAAACAACUUUAUUGAAUUGGUUGAAAACGGAGAAUUCGAUUGGCAGAGUGAAGAGAAAAAGGAAUUGUUAUGUGGGAUGAUGAUGACAGCCUGUGAUGUGAGUGCAAUUGCUAAGCCCUGGGAAGUUCAACAUAGAGUGGCAAAGUUAGUUGCUGAUGAAUUUUUUGAUCAAGGCGAUUUGGAAAAAUUGCAGCUGAACACGCAGCCUGUGGCAAUGAUGGACAGAGAACGUAAAGACGAAUUGCCAAAAAUGCAAGUUGGUUUCAUCGAUAUAAUUUGUUUGCCACUUUAUCGAGUGCUGUGUGAUGCUUUUCCAUGGAUAACGCCAUUAUAUGAGGGUACAAUGGAAAACAAACGUAAUUGGCAGGAUCUAGCCGAAAAAGUCGAGAUGGGUUUGACAUGGAUUGACCACGAUACCAUUGAUAAGCCUGUGGAAGAGUUUGCAGCUUGCAAGGAGGAGGAAAUUAAGGAUAUUGAAUUCACCGUUACAACAUUAAACUGUCAACAUGCCAGCGGCGGUAGUGAGUCAAAUGAUACGUCAACACCUGAACACCGAGGCACCCGCAUAAGUAUUAAAAAACCAGGAGCAUUUGGAAAAGUGGUUCGUUCCAAGUUAAAUAAGUCUUUGUACAAUAGCAUGGAUGGGGCAAAGCCUAAAACACCCCUCAAACCACUAUUAGAUGUUGAAACGUCUAAGGAUUCUAAAGUAUCAUCUCAUCAUCAUCAUCAUCAAGAUGGCGGAGGCUUAGGGGGUGGAACAAAUGCUGAUAAAAGUCCCACCAGUCCACAAUCAUCAAACCAAAUGCCUGAUAAGUCAAAGAAACGCUCAAAGCUGUGUGCGCUUUUGUGACGAAAACCGUCCAAUUAGAAUUUGAAAGCCCCCUCUUCGUCGUCGGGUAGCACAACAUAGUUUGUGUCUGAAGGAGGGGAGUGGGGGCUUUUUCAAAUUUUAAUUGGUUUAAUUUUAUCACAAAAAGAAAACACUAACAAAACAGAAGAACAAAACUUUGUGUGAAUAAAGGAGGUAAAUUUGGUCCUUGAUGUGCAAAGGCAACAGGUACAAUGGUGCAGGUAUUAGGAGCCAGGAUUAACUUAAUAGUUUAAUCCUUUCGUGUUGUCGUUGGCGUUAGCGUUGUCGGUGACAGCAGCGUCGUCAUUGACGGCGUCAUUUUUAUUGUCGUUGUCGUCAGUAUCGUCGUCGUUGUAGCGCCGCUGCUCCGCUGCGGUGGUGUCAUUUAGUCCUUGAGAAGGUUAGUGAUUGUUUUCAUUGUUAACUAUGUACUUUGUUCCAAGAAACUUCUUAGUUGUAUACAACUUGUAACCCAAAAGUUGCUUUUCCGUCCUUUCUUAGCAUCAUCGGUGUUAAUAUCUGAAAAUAAUAAUAAUUUAAGUUUUUGUGCAUCGCUCGUGUAUACCUGUUGAAGCAAAUUUUGCGCCCGAGGAGCUGCGACGACGACGCGACUGCGGGCUUAUCCUAUAGAACACAGAGAAAGUUUUGGUAUUGUUCAAAACAUUUUCUUACUUAUUUUUAGGUUUUGGUUUUGGUUUUUGUUUUUUAAUUAAAUGAGAUUGCAAAUUUGAGUUGUGUCCUUAAUAUGAGCAGCAUUUACGUAUAACAUCAUGCUGUGCUCAAAAAGUUAGACGUAAACGUAUUUUGUACCGCCAUCAUAUUAUAAUGAUGUGCGGUGGUGUUUUUGAAAAUGUACCUAGUUUAAUGUUGAUUAAAUUUCCCUUUUAACAGAAGAAAUCAAUUUAGGCAUAUGAAAAACAACAACCCAGAAGAAAAGUUCCAUUCACGCGAGGUGUCUAGGAGGACGGUGUAUAAGGAUACGGUUGGGAUAAGGAUAAACAUUGGAAUAUGUGAAGGAAUAAUAUGCGAACGCUCCAGGUGUUUUUCACUCUUGGGCAUGAAUGGAUUUUGUUUGUUUACAAUAAUUUCCAUAUUUCUUAUAUUCAAGGUUGAAUUAUUUUUGGAGUAAAAUUUAGAAGAAAAAGGGAUUAAGAAAGUUAAAUUGUUUAUGUGGCUUUAAGCUGCUUCAUCGGGUUUUAGAAAUGUACUUAAUCGUAACUUCUGGUAUAUAGAAUUCGACGAUUCAUAAUUUAAGACAUAUUUUUUUGACACAUAAUUUUAUUAAAAUUUAUGCGACCUCUGUUAGAAAAGUUAGAAAUCUUGGUUCAACUUAGAUAAUUUGAUUUUGUCACAUCAAAGACUCUAAGUAAACAAAAAAUCCCUUAAAGACACAAGGAAAACUAUCUUAAGUACUCAUAAGAUGUUGUAUUCCAUCAAAAAAAAAUUCAGAAAAAAAGUUACUUGAACACAAUUAAAUCUUUUCCAGUAGACCAACAAUUCAAACAAUUCUCGGCUUGCUUCGCAGUAGCGCAUGCUACAGCAUCGAUGGGAUCCGUCGACUAUCGAAGACAUUACCAAGAGCGCUGAUAACACAAUUAAGUAAUUUAGUACACAAAAGAUCGAUAUUGGCAUAAGCUGUGUAAAGUUGUGUUAAAAUCCACGGGUAUUAAUUUUAACAAAAACUAAAAUUUAAGUUAACUUUGUAACGCCGACUUUUGACCAAAACGUAGUUUUCAGCCACAUUUUCGAAGUAAAAUUGUCAAAAGAUUUCACCAAAUUGUUUGCAUUGUAUCCCGGAUAAGGGUGGAUCCCGAUUUUUAAUCAGGGGGGUAUAGUUUCCACACACUUAAGAUAAAGAAGAGUUUUUGAGCAUCUCGUCAAAAUGUGAUUUAAUGUUUACUUAAGGAGGCUGACAAAUCUACACUAAUAUUAUAAAGAGGAAAGAUUUGUAUUUUUUUAUGUAACGAAUAAACUCAAAAAGUACUGAACCGUUUAUUAAUUCUUUUUUCAUUAGGAAGCUACAUUAUCACUGAGUAACAUAGGCUACAUAUAUAUUACUAUAUAAUGUUCCAGGGAUCUCCUGAAAAUCAGUACGUUUUGUUGCCACCUACAAAUUCCACACUUAAGAUUUUUUUCUCUAAAGUGAUAACUUUAGUUAUCAGAUUAUUUUAGAAAACUGUUGUCCAAGAAGAUAUGAUCUAAUUAUUUGAUUUGGACUACUUACUACACAUGAAAGCAACACUCUAAAUAUGUUAGAACAACAGGAUUCUAAAUAUGUAAGAAUGUUAGAAAUUGUGUUGAAAAGUUGCUUUUUCGAUUGAUAAUAUAUUCUGCCCUUGUUGGGAUUUCUAUAAAUGCAAAAAACACAAAUGAUGAUGAAAAAUACCGAGCAAUGAGAAAGUUUUCCAAAAACUUUGAUUUUUAUUCGUACGAAAAUAAAACCGAUUGAAAGAAUUUUCUGGCUCUUGACUUAUUUUUCGGACUCAAUUUUCGGGAGUCUUUUAUUAUUAUCGUUAUCAGUCUGCUUACUCGUGGUUGGAGCUGAUGCUAGAAGACAAAUUUUAAAAUAUGACUGGUUUGUGAGAACCUUUACAAAAUAGUUUGAUCUUAAAGGAUUCAACAAAACUCAAAAAUUGUGGAGAAAAAAAAGGUUUUUCUUGAAUUUAAGGAAAUAGGUACAUAAUUCCUCAAAAAAUUAAAUGAAAACAAAUAAGUUGGGAAGAAACUUUAAAGUUUCACUCACAAAUUACACGUUGCAGAAUCUCUUUUCACUUCAGUUCUCGAAAGAUUCAAAGCUUUUAUAUUAAAUUAAUAGAUAGAUAGAGCAUCCAAAGAAAAUUCACUUCAAAAAUUAUAGAUUUCUUCUAUUUUGAAAGAUCUUAAAAGUUUUGGUUUUUAAUAGUAGAUCGAUUUAAGAAAGUCUUUCACUAUUUAUGUGCGUCAAAAAAAAUACGAUGGAAUUGAAGAUGACUUUAAGGAGUUUAAAAGCAACUUAAUAUCAAAUUGUCAAUCUUUUAUCCAAAGUUUCGUUCUAAGAUAGAAAAUAUUUGCUCUUUCUCUCAGAAAAUUAAUUAAAGCAUUACUAAAGUUAUUUCAAAUUCAAAAUUGUGUGAAAUCAAAGAUUUUAGUUGUUUUUGACAGCAAACCUUCUUUUGGUGAAUAUCGUUAAAUUACUAACAAAUCUUAAGAUGAUCCCCCUGGUUUGAAUAUAUAUUGAGCGAUUGGAAUAGGUCUGGAUUUCCGAUUCAUAUUAUGUUCUUGGUCCAUCAGUCCUUAGUUAUAAGUAGUAUUUUUAGCAACAGAGUUUAUAGCAUUAAAAUAUAAAAAAUAAAUUAUUUAAAAAUAAGAGUGAUCAUAUUGGUUUUGUUUUCAGGGGAAUUCCUACUAAAAUUAAAAGAAUAAUCUCCCAGGGGGUGGGGUUAACGAUGAAUUGAUGCUCGUAAACUCAGAGUCACAGAAUCAGAAUCGGAUUCAGCUGCCUAAUUUUCCUUAUGUCUUUAUGCACCGUUCGACGAUGAAAGCAGUGUUAAAGUAUAGUAGCAUAUCAGUCCCACAAAUUUUAGAACAUCUUUGUGCCAAAAUGUUUCCCAACGUUGUUCAAAAGACUCAUUUCAUUCCGCGAAGGCAUGAUACUAUCUUUUUGUCAAAACAACAUAUCGUUAGCUUAGAGUGUAAACCUGCUAACUCUAUUAAAGGAAAUUUGAAAUGAGAAAGAAAGAACUUUUCAAAUAAAUUUAAAAGAGCAACAAUAAGUUAUAAAAGGAAACAAAUAGAGGUGUUUAAAGUUAUUUUAAGCGAGCACUAUUAUACAUAAAUAGGGAUAUUUAAAAGUUGUAGUUUAUGUCAAUCAAGAAGGAGGUUGUCGUAAUAAUGACGGUAGUCUGUAUUUUUCAGGAAAGUUGUCGUUGUUGUCGUAAUUUUCAUGUUUCCAGGUGUUUUUUCAAGAAAUGAAGAUCGCCAAAAUUCCUGUUGUGGUACAGUUUUUGAAGAGAGCUAAAGUUUAAGUGAGUUAAUGACGUUAAUUUCUUUCUUAUUUCACCACCAUUGAAAGUACAUCGUGAAGCUUUAAUAUCAGUAACUUUAGCCGUGACCAAGACCAAUAACUUUAAAAAAUUGAACUUUGUUUAAAUUUUUAAAAAGUUGUGAUACUGAUAUGAUACGUCAUAGAACUUUGUUUUUUUUUUCGGGCGGAUUUGCAAAUAUAUAUAUAUGCCAAUGUUCUGUAUUUCACUUAUUGUGAAUGCAUUUUGCGAAAUUUGGGUGUUCCACAAUUCGUUAUUGUGAAUUGGAUUUUCGAACAUGCAAAUGGAUGUUCUGUAUUUCGGUUUGUUCCAUGUUUUAUACCCAUUCAAAUCACAAUUUUUAUUUCUUUGGAUUGAUCUUAAAUAGCUUCCUUCUGCUAGGAAUCAGAGGGUUGCAGCAAGUUUUUAAAUUGAAGAAUUGGAUAAGGUUCUAUUUCCCUUAGAACAUAUAAAAAAGCGUCUUUGCUUAAUUUAAAAUUACAAUGGAAGAGAAAAUCAAGAAUUUGCUUUAUUUAUUACAACAAUCGAAUAUCAUUUGAUUUGUCUCGCAAAAUUUUUGUCUUCUUAUUUUUUCUCUUGCAUCCAUCUUCAAAACAGCAACAAUUUUACUUCAGAAACAAAAUAAAAAUGGAUGAUCCUUCAGUUGUGACAGUUCGAAGCAAUUUCGAAGUUUUCGAAAUCGAUCGAAUUAAAGACCAUGCAAUUUCAUUUCACGUGAAAUUGAAAAGUGAUUUCGAAAUUCCGAACAUGGGCGAUAAUCUGCAUGAACAUUAUUGUUCUUAUUUCUUAGGGCUCGUUAGACAUUAGAAUGGAUACAAUCUGCUUCUAUUUGAGUUAAUUCAACUUCAAGACAAUUUUGCUAUACAUAUUAAUAUAUUGUGAUAUUUUGCAGAAUAAACAGAGCGUUUGAUAUAACACAGUUUCUGUUUUGAUGAGUGCAAGCAACACUAUAAAAUAUUUCCCUAAUCGGAAAAGUUCUUUUGGUUUGUAAAACCACAUAUUUUUCAAUCAAAUCGAUUUGAAUACUAGCGAAUUCUUCUGCAUUAACGUCCCCUUAAUGGUGGUGUCGUAGGAGUCAUGACGCCCCCAUCCCCACCAGGCAGAUAAUUUUGUUGUAUUUUUAUAGGAAUUGAGUUUAAUUCAAAACUUAUAGUGUUGAGUUUAUGGAAUCAUAUGAGCCAUAAAGCUUUUACAGUUAAGUUAUAAAAGUAAAGAUUUCAUCUAAAGAUUUGUUAGUAAUUUAAUGACAUUCACCAAAAAAUGGUUUGAUGUCAAAACAACUUAAAUAUUAGUAACUUUAGUAUUUUAAUAAAAUUUGUUUCUGAGAAAAAUGUCAAAUAUUGAGGUUUUUAAGAAGAAACCUUGGAUAAGAGUUCAUAAAUUUUAUAUUAAGUUGCCUUUAAAUUCCUGAAACUGGCCUUCAAUUCCAUCUUUUUUUAUGCACAUAAAUAGUGAACAUUGAAGUGAUUUUUACCUGCUACGUAUAGAAAGCAUUGCAUUCGCAAAAAAUUUCGAAUCAAACAUGACAUUACGAUGGUAGAUAAAUUGAAAAAAGUGGGUCCCGUGAUUCCAUCCGUCUGUCUGUCCUGGCCCCUACAGCCUAAACCAUUGUGCCGAUUGUUAUUAAGGUUCUCAGCCGAUUAGCUUAAAGAGUUUUUUUUUGUCAUUUUUUUAAUACGAAAAAUAACAACAGUACAAAAUUUUCGACUUCAAAUCCAAAAAUUCGAUUUUUUUCAAAAAUGGACCCCUCAUAAAACCGUUAUCUUGUUUUUUAAGUUUUUCAAGAACUAAUUGACCGAUUUCAAUAAUCUUGUCUUACAGUGCAAGCUCUUGUCGUUGCUCAAAUUUUCAAAUUGAUGAUGAUUUUUGAUGAUCAAAAAUUUCAUUAUUUUUGUUUUAGUUUUAAAAAAAUAAAAUUUUUUUUACAAAUUAUAUUUAAGAAAGGGCUGAACAUUAUUUAACGAAACUUAAAUAUAAAAUGUACAUUUAUAACAACAAAAUAACUGCAUACCAAAAAUAUUUAAAGAUAAAGUUUAAAAAUCGUAUAUAUAAAUGAUUUUCGGAAAAAAAAACUUAAGUUAAUUUGUUUUUUUUUUUUAGAAUGGCAUUUAAAUUUUUGAGAAAAACUUAUUUUCAGCUCCAAUCUACGUGUUAUAAGAUUUAUAGCAAUAGCAACAAUAGAUUCCUAAAAAUUGAGCACGAAAAACCUAUGUCAAAAAAGCCAGAAAAUUCUUGAUAUCAGAUUUUUCCUCAUUUUCUGGGUUUUUAAUUUUUGUAGCGUUUUUUCGCAUUAAUAGAAAUUGGAAAAAAAAUAUAUUUUCUUUUUCAAAACAAUUUCUGCGUGAAAACAACAAAAACCCUUUUAAUACUUUCAUGUAUACAGAGUCAACCAAAUUAAAUAGUUAGACUAUACCUUGCUGGACAACAGCGUUCUAAAAUAAUUUAAUAGCUAUAAAGUUGUUACUUUAGCCCUUGAAAUGUGUACAUUUAAGGUUGAGAUACACAUUAUGUUAUUUAAAUUGUGUUAACUUUCUUUACAGAACAUUAAUAAACAUUUUCAAGCAGUGAGUAAAAACUCGUCUAUAUGUUAAAUGUGUGAUCCCCCUGAUUAAAAGUCUGGAUUCGCCCUUGCGUUCUCUUCAGUUUUACUCCACAAAUAACUAUAGCUAUAAAAUGUGUUGUUUUCGUCAAGUGAACGUUCGUUUUUAUGUCAGACGAUGCGGCUUCCUAAUACCUUUCAAACUGCAUACCUAACUCAAUUUCGCUCAAAAGUGGAGUCAGCAGGUUUACACGCUAAGCCGACAAUAUGAUUUAAAACAAAGCUCUUAGAUGGCUCAUUCUGCAUUGAAGUCUACUUACAAAUGUGUAAGAUUUUGAUGAAGUUAUGAAUAUUGAGAGGUUUAUAUGAAAAAAUUACUUAAAAAUUCCACCGGAAAACUACUAGAGCCGUUUUAUAGCAUUCUGAAAAAAGGUUAUAAAAUCUUUUUUCUUCACAUCACUCAUUUAUGUCGUCAAGAAGUCCUUUUCUUAAUGAUUGAAUGUUUUUUAUUCUUACCAAAGCAGGACUAAAAUUUUCGUUGGAUUUUCUUAUUUUCAUUCAUAAGGAUUCUUUUUUUUAUUUGAGUAAAAAACAUUUUUAUAGAAUUUCAACAACAAUAGUUUUUUAGUUUAUAUUUAAACUAAAAUAUAACAAAAACUUAACUUGAAUAAAAUCCAAAACGAUUAACAAAUAUCAAAAUGUGAGCACAAAAUGUAACUCAAAUCAAAAGUAGUUUUUCAAAAAAAUAAAUUGGAAAAUGUUUACAAAAGUUCAGAAAUAGAAACGUAAUUAAAAAACAAAUAGCAAAAAACAAAAAACAAACAUAAAAAUAGAUUAAUAUUGUUGUACUUAUAUAACUACAUUUCCGUUACACUUUAAAUAUGUAAAUGUCAAAAUAUGUGAUCUAUUUAAGGUCGAAGAAAAGAAAGAUUUCUGUACUUUUUUAGAACAGAAUUUCAUAGAUUUCAAAACUAUACACAAUACACACUACAAAAAUAAUAUUGAAAAAAAAACACUCGACAAAAUAACUAUAUUAACACAAAAACUAUGUAUUUAUAAAAUACUUAAAAAAUAAAACUAUAUAAUUUAAGUGAUAAGCUUCGCAUUUUACAAUUCAACACUAAGUCAUAAAUUUAAUGAAAAACAAUGUAAAUUUAAAAACUAUAGAAUUCUAAAAAAAUGUCUAACUAUAUCUACUUUUAAAAAAUAUAUAAAUAAAAUGAAGUUGAUUAAAGUUUAAUUUUAAAAACUAUUUUAAAUGGAUAUAUUAAAUUAAAAUUAGUUGCUUAGUUAUAAAAAUAAAAUAAAAUCAAAUAACUAUUUUUAAGGAUUAGUAUAUAACACAAAAAUAUUGUAACUAAAUAACUAAUCUUUAUAACGCAAUUCUGUGAGACAUAUAUUUUCAAAUACAAAUUCUACAGCAAUAAAAUUAACACACAUUUUCACUUUUUUGAAAAAUAUAAAAACCUAUAGAGUUAUGUAUCUAUGAUGUACUAUUACUAAAUAAUAAAUUGUUUACUUUAACUUAAACUUAAAUAUAGUGCAAUUUAUUUAAUAAGCUUAAAAGAAUUUACAAAGAUAUAAAAAAAAUAUGUGGUUAUGUAUUUAUGUAGGAAAAUAUAGAAAACUUAAUAUUAGAGGAAAACAAAAAAUAGAAAAACUUGACAAUGUUUUUGUGAUUGUUAAUAAUAAAUUAAUAAAAUAAUUCCCUCUCUGUUAAGUUAUAUGAACUUGAUUGUAUUGUGUAGAAAUUAGAUGCAUGUAAAAUAUAUAAGAUUUAUUAAAUGUUAAAGUCUAAAAAUAAAUUGAUGAUAAAUAUAAUUAAGAAAUCAAUAAAAAUUACUAAUGAUGUGCAUGUCAAUUUAUUUCGAAUAAAAAUUAAAACAAA